GUGGGUGUGGUCCACGCGGAUCCCCACCCGGGCAACAUCAUCCUGACACAGGAUUUGGUCCGACGAGACCACGGAGCCGUGCUGGAUGACUUGAUCGAGAUCGGCUUCUUCCCACGUGAGUGUCCGCGGGAGGAGAUGCUGCCGGUCUUGUCCCACGGCAUGAAACAGUCCAAGAUAUGGGACCAGCUCGUGGAGUGCGGCAGCGACAUCACCAAGCGGAAAAGCGCUGUGCAGCUGCUCUACUCCGAGAUUCUCACGCUCGUCCGGCGCUUCGAGUUCGCCCUCCCGGACUACUACGUCGCCCUGGUGAGGGCACUGCUGACCCUGGAGGGCAUGGCCCUGGCGGCCGACUGCAACUUCGACAUCUUCGAGGAGGGGUACCGGAAUUUCCGAAAUCUCACGAGGAUAGUGAUGACCAUCAUCACCAUGACGGUAAAGGAACAAGACUCUCGCCAAGCUCGCAUUGCGUUCGGCGGGCUGUUUGCAGAUGGACCGCCGAAAAAUUGCGUGUCCAGGCUUUUGCAGUGGUUGGGAACUUGUCAUUUCAUGUUCUUAACAUCCCGUAGCCGUGCUGACGAAGACGCGUCGCAGCUGAGGUGGCCCGAAUCUCACUUGCAGGAGGAUGGCAGCCCACCGGAGCUAGCUGUGGGGCCAUUUUCGCCUAUGGCGUGUGUGGAGGUUCCCUCAGUUCUGCCCUUCCUGGCUGUGUCGGAAGAUCCGUCGCAGAUCGUCCAGCUGCCUUGGAGUCCGGAGCCUCCGAGGUAUCGGGUUCCCGUGGCGAGCAACAUGACGCCGGAGACGCUGUCCCUCUACAAAUCCGGAAUGGCCGUCGACGUCGACGUUGGCGACACGUUUCUGCAGCGGCUGUCCAUGCCUGCGAAAGGUGAUACCAAGUGGACCAUCGUAGAGAUCUACGACUACACCUGUCCGCAUUGCUGGUAUGCUGUCCCCAUCUACAUGCACGUCGCAGAAGCGUACGCAGACAACCCGCGCAUCCAGUUCACUUCCAUCAACUGCCACUUGAGCUACAACAUGGAGGUUUGCUUCCUGCUCGAAAACAUUGGGCGAGUCAAGGAUUUUCCAACCUUCUUGGCCUGCCCACCUCAUGAAACGGUGGAUGCAGACGUCCAGCUGAGGCAUAGUCAUGCAGCACAGGUCAUGGCAAAGCGACUGCCGCCUAACCAUCCGACGCGGCUGGCGUUGAUGAAGAUGGCACACUGCCGCCACAAGUUCGUAGAGGAGGACGCCAAGUCUGGACUGGAGGACCCUUACCUCUCAGCGACACAGCUUGCCGACUGGGUCCGUGUGACGACGGGCGAGAAGGCGCUUCUGCCAGCGGACCUCAACAUUGGAGCCAACUUCCACCGGAAAAUGCCGGUGUCAGCAAUCGCACCCCCAGGGCGCCCUGGGUGGCUUAGGGACGACGAGGAAGGGCGACCCGGCGUGUCCCGCUACUUUCCAGGUGAGCGGUGGUACGACGCCUUGAUGGGCUUCGUGGCUUUCGUUUACCAGGGUUACCAGCCCUCCAAGCUCCAGCCGACGCUCGAAGUGACGCGCUACCUGUCCAUGGCUUUUCCGGUGAAGGGCAAGGAACUCGCCAAACUGGCUGACUCGUUAGAACGCCGGGGCAGCGACAUUUUGCCGUUGGAAGCACGCCAAGUCAUCGCAAACUGGUCCAUCGACGUGGGUCUUGGAGACCCAGAGUAUGAAGCGGGGGAUGAUGUUGCAAAGCAGGAGCACAUCAACGGCCUCGUGAAGCGAACGCCUCGAAGCAGCGGCCGACAAGGCACGCUCCAGUCACUGACCUGCCCGCAGAGCAGCACCUGCAACCUGUGGAACUUGCUCCACGUGACCUUGGCAGCAGUGGCCGCCCGUGGCUUCUCCGGGCGCACGCUUCUAGGUGACGGUAGCAUCCUCUCCCACGGCAGCGAGGGUGGCAUGGCCCUGAGGUACCAGGAUCCGGAGAUCGGUGUCCGCGAGGCCCAGGCCUUCGUGAGAACUUUUGUCGACAACUUCCUGAAUUGCAAGCAGUGUCGCGAGCGCUUCAUCUGGGAUUACGACCAGUGUAACUAUGGCCGCUGCGACUACAAGGACUGGCAAUCAUUGCCUCUUUGGUUGUGGCGCGUGCACAACGCCGUCAGCUUGCAUGUAGCUUCCCACCGCGACUCGCCGGUGGAUCGGCGGUGGCCCGAGUACCAGGACUGCCCGCGCUGUUGGCGAGAAGACCUCGUCCUGGGCAAGCCAGUGAGGCUCCUGUCCGAGCACCCGGGCGUGGAUGCCUACGACCUCCAAGCACGCUCCGAAAGCCGAUGGUCCUCCCAGGAGCUCGACAUGCCCUUCAAUCUCAAGGCUGUGUUCUGGCAUCUGGUGAGCACUUUCGUUGGCGUGAAGCGUAUCGUCUUCUCCAUUGAGGACUUCGAAGGUCAUGAGCGCGACGAGGUCCAGCACGUCCUCACGAAGGAGGGGGUGCACACCGGCGCCAGCCCCGCACCUCGUCCUCCUUCGCACGAUGGUCAGGUGGUCCAGCCAGCACCAGGAGGUCCACCCUUUAAUGGAGGAACCGUUCCACUACAGCCUUUCCAGCCGAGUGAAAGUUCGCACUCGGCGCAAUCCAUCUUCCUCGCUCUCCUGGCCAUGGCCUGCGGUGUGGCGAUAGUCAUCUGCUACUUCGGUCAAGAUACCAUGGACGGGCCGCUGGACGUCGAAGACUUGGAAGACAGGGACUUUGGUCGAGAAGCGCGAGCUCCGAUGUUCCGCGCCGGGGCGAACUCACAGUCCCAGGCCCGCGAUGCCGAAGUCGAGCUGGUGAAGGACAACUCGGCGGCGAUUGGAGACGAGCAAGCUGCAGACGCCGCAGAGUGA